AUGGCCAAUCUCCCUCCCGUCUACAUUGUUUCUGCCGCCAGAACCCCAAUUGGUUCUUUCCUUGGCUCGCUCUCUAGCCUGAGCGCAACCCAGCUGGGUUCUGAGGCUAUCAAGGGUGCCGUUCAGCGCGCUGGAAUUAAGCCCGAGGACGUCGACGAAGUCUUCUUUGGCAAUGUCCUCUCUGCUGGUCUCGGCCAGGGCCCUGCCCGCCAGGCCGCUCUCGGCGCCGGCCUCCCCCAGACCACCAUUGCCACCACCGUGAACAAGGUGUGUGCCUCCUCCCUCAAGGCCAUCAUCCUCGGCGCCCAGAACAUCAUGCUCGGCACCUCGUCCGUCGUCGUCGCCGCCGGCGCCGAGUCCAUGUCCAACACCCCCCACUACCUGCCCAACCUCCGCAACGGCGCCAAGUACGGCGACCAGACCCUCGUCGACGGCGUCCUCAAGGACGGCCUCACCGACUCCUUCAAGAAGGAGCACAUGGGUCUCCAGGGCGAGCUCUGCGCCUCCGACAACAGCUUCUCCCGCGAGGACCAGGACAACUACGCCAUCGAGAGCUACAAGAAGGCCCAGGCCGCCACCGAGGCCGGCCUCUUCAAGGAGAUCGUCCCCGUCGAGGUCCCCGGCGGCCGCGGCAAGCCCAACAUCGUCGUCGACAAGGACGACGAGGUCAAGAACCUCAACGAGUCCAAGCUCCGCGCCAUCCGCCCCGCCUUCAAGCCCGACGGCACCAUCACCGCCCCCAACGCCGCCCCCAUCAACGACGGCGGCGCCGCCGUCGUCCUCGUCUCCGAGGCCAAGCUCAAGGAGCUCGGCCUCAAGCCCAUCGCCAAGAUCCUCGGCUGGGGAGACGCCGAGCGCGAGCCCGAGCGCUUCACCGUCGCCCCCGCCCUCGCCAUCCCCAAGGCCAUCAAGCACGCCGGCCUCAGCGACAAGGACGUCGACUUCUACGAGAUCAACGAGGCCUUCUCCGUCGUCGCCCUCGCCAACGUCAAGCACCUCGGCCUCAACCCCGAGAAGGUCAACGUCUUUGGUGGCUCCGUCGCCAUCGGUCACCCCCUCGGUGCCUCCGGUGCCCGUAUCGUGACCACCCUCACCACCGUUCUCAAGGAGAAGAACGCCAAGAUUGGCGUUGCCGGUAUCUGCAACGGCGGUGGCGGUGCUUCCGCCCUGGUCAUUGAGAACCUGCAAUAA